AUGGCGAACCGUGCAAAGACUGCUAAGCCUUAUCUUAACGCAGUCCGUGCGACGCUGACUGCAGCACUCUGCAUCGAAAACUUUCCCUCUCAGGUGGUAGAGCGCCACAAUAAACCAGAAGUUGAAGUUCAGACUUCCAAGGAAUUGCUGCUCAAUCCUGUCGUCGUGAGUCGGAAUGAGCGUGAACGCGUGCUUAUCGAGGGUUCCGUGAAUUCUGUGCGUGUGAGUAUCGCAAUCAAGCAGUCUGAUGAGAUUGACCGAAUAAUCUGUCACAAGUUUAUGCGAUUUAUCAUGAUGCGGGCUGAAGAGUUUGUCAUCCUACGGCGGAAGCCCAUUCCGGGUUAUGAUAUUACCUUCCUUAUCACAAACUUCCACACGGAAAAGAUGCUGAAAAACAAACUCGUUGAUUUUAUCAUCACCUUUAUGGAAGAAAUCGACAAGGAGCUCUCGGAAAUGAGACUAGCCGUGAACUCACGAGGCCGCCUUUGUGCAGAGGAAUUUCUGAAAGCCUUUGAUUAA